AUGAACAACGGCCAAUCUGAAGAGAGAACUUCCCAGCAUCGAGAAGAGAACGUCACCCCGCACAAGCGGCCUAGAGAUUCAGAUUCGAAUGCAGAUUAUUCGUCGCCCAGAUAUCAGCAGAGCCGACGAUACAAUGAUCGAAACCCAAGAGACAGUCAACGCCGGCGCACGGGUGGUUAUAAUGCCUCUCCAAACCAGCGCUCCAUCUCGGUAGCCCAGCAGAUCACCGAUAACUUCUUGAAGGCCAUAUGGAGCUUCGGUGACUCUGAACGCUUCGAUUUUCGACAAGAAAUCCCUGAACUCGUCAAGAGAAUCGAGUCUCAUCACGCCCAACUUCAGCUGACAGAUGACAUCCUCAAAGCUUUCCGCAUCGCGGCUGCUGAGUUACCACACAAGUUACCCCACUUGGCACUGCUGAUCUCUUUUCUCUCGGUGCCUCCACCAACCAAUGAGACGUCCAUAAAUAAAGACCCCCCUCUGCCCUCGAUAGGCGUUCAAAUCAUACGGGAUCUGGCCCGUGCCUUCCAAUUGCACAUUGAUAAUCGUCGGUGGCGAUCGACCAGAUUAUAUCUUCACCUGUUUGGCCAUUUGCACGCGCUCUCCCGACCAUUGGUCUCCUCUCAGUCUCUUCUCGCCCUCCUUCGUGCUAUUUUUAGCGCAACGACAGACGAAUUGACUUGUACGGGUGCCCGCGCAGACGAGUGUUUGAGAAUCGUUUGCGAAGGGCUGUUGCGUAGUAAUCUGUUGAAAAGUGAGGAUGCUGAGAUUAAGAAGGAAGUCAACGAGCUCGUCGAAUCGAUUCGAGUCCAUAUGGUCGUCAACCGUCGUCUCGAUCGCUCGCUGUUCAAUGAACCCGAUUGCCUUUCUCAAUACAUUGAUCCCAUCGAAGAACUUGUUGCUGCGCUUGAGGGUGGACCUAGUGUUGACAUCCUACCAGUUCUUGACGAGGCCUUUGGCCCACUACUCGAACAACGUAUCACCGCAUCUGGCGUCGAAUCGGCAUAUCCAACACCUUUCGAUUUGCCGAUCGUACUCUUACCGCCCGACGUCGAAGAGCCUGGCCUAGAAACCCAUCCACCGGCUCCCAAACCUGAGAAUCUCGGUAAUGAUCCCGGCCCGAUACCCUUGGACUCCAAGGAUCGCACAAAUUAUCUUGGUGUCAAAUUAUUUUUAAAGCUUUUUUCUGACAGUACGGUACCGAAUCGAGCAACAGCCAACGGAGUGGUACUACGCACCUUGGUGAACGAUGUGAUUGAUAUCUUCGAAGUUAAUCGCAAAGAAUGUGCCAAGAUUCUACUCGAACUACCGCGUUGGGUCGGUAGGGGUACUUUCAAAACGAAGGGUACAGCCCCUAAGCCCAAAACUGACGAAGCGGGAAACAGAAUUGAAGAAUCGGCAACGGAAUCAUCCGAAUGGAUACUUGAGCAUCUUCUCCUUGAGUCAAUCGUCACAUCAGUAUUUGCUAUACCCACUCCGCCAAUCCGACCCGUAGUUUACUAUCACAGUCUGAUAGUCGAAUUAUGUCGACUUUCGCCCUCGACUGUUGCCCCCGCUCUCGGGAAAUCUGUUAGGAGGCUUUAUGGUGGAUUGGGAGAAGUUGGGGCUGAUGCUGUCACGGUUAGAUUGGAACCUGAGGGGAUUAGACGCUUUGCCGAGUGGUUCGGAGUUCAUCUUUCGAAUUUCGGAUUUUUAUGGGCUUGGAAGGAUUGGUCGGACGUAUCAGACCUGCCAGUGCCUCAUCCCAAGCGGGUAUUCGUCUCUCGAGUGAUCGAACUGGAGAUUCGCUUGAGUUACUACGACCGGAUCAAGGAAACAGUCCCCAGUGUAUUUUUAGACGUCGAGCUUAUGCCAUCAGAUGCACCUGGCCCCGUUUUUGAAUACGAAGAUCCUGCCCACCGAGACCAUCUUGCUGCGCUGGAUGUUGUCCAGCUCUUGAAGCAUAAAGAACCUGUGUCUCGACUGCUGGACUACCUCACUAAAAUGCAAGAACGAUUGGCAGCCGAAGGCAUUGAGGAAUCCGUUCAAGACGUUACUCGAGAGGUGGCUAUCCAGGCACUAUUGAACGUCGGAUCCCGAUCGUUUUCGCACUUUUUGAACAUUCUAGAAAGGUAUCUGGAGCUCCUACGAAACCUGACAAAUUCCGCCUCCGCGCGAGCUUCAUUGCUCCAGACUGUGUCGAAAUUCUGGAGAAAGAAUGGCCAAUUUGAACUGAUAGUGAUUGACAAGCUACUAGAAUACCGAGUGAUUGAUCCGAUCGAUAGUCUCCGACAUAGUUUCGAAACUUAUAAGACUUCACAAUGGGGUGAAUUGCAAUUUUGGGAUGGAAUGAAAAUGACGAUCGAAAAAGUGACUAGGAGGGUGAAAGCUAGUCGUACUAAAUUAGCCAAGUUAAAGAAGGAUGAGGAGGAUCAACGUGAUCGCCAACGUGCUGCUGGUGGUGAAAUCUUGGAAGCUGGAAAUGGCGCUGCCAAUAUGGGCGAUAUCAACAUGAAAGAUGGGAUCGAUGGAGAGGAGGGGAAGAAAGAUGAGGAACGGACGGAGGAAGUCAAAGGGGAAACGAUACAGCUGAAAGAAGAAUUGGAGACCAUGAGACGAGGUGAAAUAGCCACGGCUGAAAGGGAAUUGGAAGCCAAUUUAACUGAGCAAGUCAUAGUCUUAGCUGAGGCGAUUGGCCGAUUCUCGAGCGCUCGUUCGGAGGCAGAAGAGAGACUUAAAAAUGAACAGGACAGUCAACCCGCUGAUGAGGUAGUAGAACCGUCAAACUGCGACCAAAAGGAUCAAGUUCGCAAGGUUUCUGCGAAGGAUGUCGCAUUUUGGAAAGCCUGGUGGCUCAGAGGUUGGUGUAGAGAAUUCUACAGAUUGUUUGGACCGGAAAUUUCCACACAAUUUGAUCAAGUCAUGGACCGAUUGGAUCAUCAAAAGCAACCAGUUGGUGAAAACGGACAUGCCGCAGACCAAGCCGGAAACGAAGUUGAUCCACAAACUAAUGGAUUGUUGAGCGUUGACGAGAAGAUCAAGGAGGAACUUAAGUUAACUAAGGAUUGGGUCGAAACCGUUGGCUUACAAUCCAUGUAA